AUGUCCACAAUUUUGGAACCGCGAAGUGAGAACUUCAAGCGUACCAUGCUGUGCGGAUAUUGCAGUGCAGGACUAUCCGCAGAAGCUGCUGUGGAAAGUUUGGCUGCCGAUUUCCCUGCGCUCACCACACAGGAAGUGAGCGCAUGGUUUGCGCGGUUCAGGGCUGGAAAUUUCGAAAUUGGCGAAAAUGUCAGCAUCAAUGCUGAAGGAAUCGUCAUCGAUAGGUCUGUCAGACUCAAGCGAGAACUCGAUGAUGCAGAGCAAGUGGAUGGUGAGCCACUGGCCAGAAUGAACCCAAAUCUUCCGGUUGUGCCAAAGAGAGAAGUGGAUGAGGAAGACGGUGCGAACCAGCAUCCUCAAGUGAACGGUGCAGCUAAUCAUAUUGUUGCUCAACAGCAACCAGCUCCUCACAAUUUGCCAAUAGUUGCAGUGAACGAGAAUCCUGCAAAUGGAGGUCCUCAAGUUGUCCCAAACAUUGAGGAAGAAGAUGGAGAAGGUGCUGAUCAUGCUCGAGCCAAUCCAGCCAAUGAAGGGAAUCAAGCUCCUGCAAUCAACAGAAAUCAAAGAGAAGCGAGGGCUCGUCCAGUUCGUCGAGCUCAACGAGCAGUCGCAAUUCCUCCGCAGAAUCCAGUUCAUCCAAUGCCGAUUCAACCAGCAAUGUAUCCAGUGAACUUGGCUAACCAGUUCCCUCCAGUCCCUUUACUUUUCCAAAUCACUCCACAGUUUCUACCGGAAAUGCAAUUCUAUCAAUUCGGUGUCCAAUUCCCUAUGCACUAUUGGCAACAUCAAAAUCCUCCGAAUAUUGAAGAUUCUUUGCGGCCAUUUGAAGCUUCAACAAGAGGAAUGGAAAAAUUUAACGGCAUGCUUUCAUGUCGUCAUUCUCCAGACCAUGCGAUAUAUUUUGAAAUAAUGAGAUAUGGUCUUAAAUUCACAAAGCUCGAGAAGUAUUAA